AUGAAAGUCACCGUGUAUAUUGUCACACCUGGUAGUGCUAGUGCGCGUCGAAUUUGCUGGUAUACGGGUACAUCAGAUGCUCAAGUGGAAAUGGCAAUACGUAUGCAGCUCGAAAUUCCACAAGGUAUGAACUUCUUACUGCGUGAUACUGACGAUGAUAUUGUUCCUGUUUCUUCGACUUUACCAACUGGUCAUCGGUAUACACUGGUUUUACCGAAAGGCUAUCAGUUUGAGGAUGUUACGUUACGUCGUGAUGAGACUUGUCAAGUUAGAAAUAGAACUGUCUCAUCAGUAGAUGAUGAUAAUGAUGAUGAUGACGUAUCUGUGAUAACACCAGAGCAAAUGACAGUAGCUUCAAGUUCAACCAUGAAAAGGAAACGGUAUGAGGGUGAUAGAAAUGUCUCGAAUUCUACCACCUCGUCUCCACAUGAUGAUAGGGUUAGUAGCAUUCUUCCAGCUACGCAAAGUGAAUCCAUGCUUCCUCGAUCAAUUGCACCUAUUAUUGCGCAAUUUAUUCAUACGUUUACAGAGCCAAUUGCCAACGAUGAUAAUGUCAGCUUUAUUCCUAAUUCAGGACGCUUUGCGCUCUACGCACUUUACUGCCAAAUUGUGCAAGAUUCAAAAUAUCAUCCAAAGCGUGAGGAUGUGUUUUACAAAAUGACAUCCAUGCAUGGUAAAGUCGAUCGUCAGCGUGUGGUUCGUUUCUACAAGUGUCUAGCACAAAACGAGGAAGGAACGGAAUUUAUACAGCAUAAACCUCAGGGCAAGGGCGUAUUGCUAAGAAAGUAUCGUGACGUGGACAAUUCAGGGCAACUAAAGGAUGUGGUAAAGUCGGCACCAUUCAUUUCAUGGUUGAAGCUUGACCCGAACGAGGUCGUGGCACUUUAUGUCCGGUUCAUACACAGCUUUACACCGAUUGUUAAGAGUGACUUUAGAGCGCAAACAAGUCAUGUCCAUUUGUAG